AUGAUUUAUUGUAAAACGUUACCGUACACAAUGUCGGUGGACAUCAGCAAUCCAUCCGCCUUGAGCAGUUCCCUAAACAUAUCACAAGCCGGUGAAAUUCCUGUUGGUGAACUUCAAACUUGGGCCUUGGCGUUGCAUUGCGGCCCUUACGACGCUGAAGUCGACCUGAGUCUUCGGAUAAACGUCUCUCUGUCGAGACGAAACACGACUAGUCUGGACUUCAGACGUAAGAAAAUCUGUUUGAAGGACAAGAGUAACACAGGAGGGGAAGAAGUUCUCGUUGCGGCUUCCGGAUCUUCUUCUGGUGGGCAAAUGUUUUAUGCCGCCAUUGGCUGCGCGUGUGCCUUCAUCGCUGCCAUUUUCGUCCUCGUUGUUGCUUACUAUGUUCGCGAUAAGAAAGCCAGGAGACAUCGCGAUCCUCUUCAAGAAUCGAGAGGCCUCAGUUCCGCGUGUAGCGUGGAAAGAGGUACAGGAGUCGGACCUGCGCAAACUUUUUUAUCACCUGAUACACCUCCACCAGCCUCUGCAACAUCCAGUUCUACUUACAGGAGAUUAGAUGACCGACCUAGUCGAGAGUUGCACGAACGAAUUCAAGAAAUCACGGUCCAGAGAUGCAGGGUACGCCUUCUCAGCAUCGAAAUGGAAGGCACAUUCGGUCGCGUGUAUAGAGGCAGUUAUCACGAGGAGGGUGCGUCUUCCUCAAGGGAUGUCCUAGUGAAAACUGCCGCUGAACAUGCAUCGCAAUCGCAAGUCGCUCUUCUCCUACGAGAGGGUUUAGCGUUGUACGGGUUAAGUCAUCCAGCGCUGCUUCCCGUUUUGGGCGUUUCCAUCGAAGACAGAAGUGCGCCGUUCCUCUUGUACCCUCACACCGGUUACAAGAAAAUUUGUGGAAAAAACAGCGAAGGGCCACCGAGAGCACUCACCACGCAAGAAGUCGUGGAAAUGGCCCUCCAGGCUGCCAAAGGGGUCCAGUAUCUUCACAGAAAAAGACUGGUGCACAGAGAUUUGGCGGCCAGGAAUUGCGUCGUUGACGAUGAUCUGAGGGUUCAAAUCACGGACAACGCUCUGGCCAGGGAUCUAUUUCCGCAGGAUUAUCAUUGUCUCGGUGACAACGAAAAUCGUCCAAUCAAGUGGCUCGCUAUUGAAAGUCUACUUAAUAAAACCUUCAGCACUGCUUCAGACGUGUGGGCAUUCGGUGUUUUAUUGUGGGAGCUCACAACGCUGGCACAGCAGCCGUAUGUAGAAGUGGACGCGUUUGAAAUGGCUUCCUACCUCAGAGAUGGAUACAGAUUGGCACAACCGAUAAAUUGUCCCGACGAGCUGUUCUCAGUUAUGGCUUAUUGUUGGGCGAUGUCUGCGGACGAGAGGCCAACGUUCAGCCAGCUGAUUGUCUGCCUUCAAGACUUUCACACUCAAUUGACCAGAUAUGUUUAA